AUGAGCGCCCGGCGCCGCGGGAGCGCCGGAACCGAACUCCUCAGUCCGCCGCCCACUGAGGGCGAGCGCCCCCGCAGCCCCUCCGAAGGCUCGCCGCUCUCGCCCGCGUCCCGCUCCAGCUCCCUGGGCUGUGAGGAAGAGGAGCGGGUGGCGGCCUACGGGAGCCCGCCAGGCCAUAGGAGGGCUGAACAUUCUGAAGUAGCAGGGGGAAGAAGAGUGUCACUUUUGAAAGAUAACCUUUCACCAUGGGAAGAAUGGUUCAUUAGCAAAGAGAAGGAGUUGCGUGCCCGCUUACAAGCUAAAGCUGCAGAGGAAAUGAAUAAACAACUUGAGAAAAUGAAGGAAAAUCAAGAAUAUGAAAGAAGAAAAAGGAUAGCUGAAGAGAAACACAAGGAAUGGGUCCAAAAAAAAAGAGAAGAGGAAAGAAGAGAAAGGAAACGAAAGGUGAGCAAAGAAAUGGCAGAAAAAGCCACAAGAGAACUAGAAAAAAUGCAGUUACGAGAAAAGGCUGACAUAAAGUAUAAAGAGUGGUUAAAGAAGAAGAGAGCUGAAGAGCUAGAAAAGAAGAAAAAAGAGAAGGAAAAAGAAAAACAACGGGAGGCUGAGCUACAGGAAAAGAGAACAAGAUCGGAGAAAAUCUUCAAGGAAUGGCUGCAAAAUGCUAGAAAUAAACCACAGCCUGCUUUAAAUGGUUGUGGUUUCCCACAUGGGAAGUCUACAGUCUGUCUGGGGAGCCGGCAGGAUCCGAGACCUUGGAAAGCAGAACCAACACGAAAAAGGACAUUAAACUCCAUUAAAUUCACCUGCUGCAAGGAGGGGGCCCACGUCAGAAAUCCAGCAUGUUUCCCAGCUGAACUCUUUCCUUUCCUUCCCUAUGUCAAAGAGGGGCAGCCUCCACCUUUGCCGCACGGCCACUCAGUCUGGUAUGGAGAGUGUGGUUUAAGGUUUUGA